AUGGAAGCGGACUGGUGGUCGCCCUCGCCGUCGGCCUCGCCGCCGCCGCCGCCCCGCGCCCCGCCGCCGCGCUGCCGAUGCCGACCUCUCUCCAACAGCUACAAUUGCUUGCCACAUUAUGAUGGAUGGCCAGAUCUAGAAGACGAGUCAACAGGGGGUGCGCUACGGGAGAGAGAAUUACGAUCUCUCCACCGCACCGUGCCUGCACUGCGUCGCCGUGAACUCGACACUCGCGCUAUCAAACAUCAUUUCUACCCCGAGGGCGGUUGGGGUUGGAUCGUUUGCGGCGCAGCAUUCUUGGCACACCUACUGUCCACAGGACUGCAGCUAGCCUACGGCGCGCUACACGUGUACGCGGUUCGACACCUAGGUCCAGCCGCCGAACACGCUGUUUGGGCUGGCGCAAUUUGUGUGGGUGUAUCGCGAGCAGCUGGCGCCCUGGUGGCGGCUCGACGGAAGUCGCCCAGGCUCGCUGCAUUGGUCGGAGGCCUACUACUGCCCCUCGCUUGUCUAUUUACAUCCUUCGCCACACAGCUCCACCAAACUUUGUUAAGUUACGGUGUAGUUCUAGGCGUCGGUUGCGGCCUAGUUCGAGAGGCAGCCGGCAUCGUGCUCGGCACAUAUUUUAGACGGCGCCGGCAAUUUGUGGAACUCGUAGCGCACGCUGGAGGAGGUGUCGGCAUCGCGUUGUUCAGCGUCGCUUAUAAAGAGGCUGUGGGAAAGCUAGGCUGGCGUUUAGGAUUGCAAGCGGUGACAGGAGUGUUGGUGCUUGCGUUUUUUCUUAGCGCAGUAUACCGCAGUGCUUCCCUCUACCACCCACAGAGACGCGCAAUUCUGCACUUAAAAAACCAACGACGAAAAGUUAAAGAAAAGAAAGGCCUCAAAACGUCCCCUUUCAUUGAUUUAAGCCCUCUUCACUCGAGAUCCGCUAAGGUAUUGUUAUUAGCCGCUGGUCUCGCAGCAUUUGGUCUUUACACUCCAGUAUUUUUUCUGGCUCCACAAGGUUUUCAAGAAGGUUUAGAAGAGAGCGCAUUGGUUUUGCUGCAAACAUUUCUUGGAUUUGCCGCUGUUCUUGGAUGUGCUGGCUUUGGGCUCGUGCUAGUGCGUCCAUCAGCACAGUGUCUCGUUUCCAAGCAAUAUUUAUGUCAAACAGCCAUGUUGGGUAUAGGAAUAUCAAUGCUUGCUCUGAGCAGCGUAGAAGGCUACCACGGCUAUGUGCUCUUCGCGUGGAUGUAUGGCUUAUGUUUAGGUGGAUUUUUGUAUUCAAUCAAAAUGCUUACGAUGGAGCGAGUUCGGGGACGGCAUUUCACAAAAGUUUGGAGUUUUGUCCAAGGAGCUGAAGCAAUACCAGUGAUGGUCGGAGUGCCAAUGACCGGUUACAUAAAUCAACAAGCGCCUAGAGCGGGCUUUUAUUUCUCCACUGCCGCGACAUUAGCGGGCGCGGUGCUAUUGUUUUUUGUUGGAUUCUCGAAGCGAGAUCCGGAACCGCCUCCUCCGGUUCCGGCGCCGACGAUAUCUGAGGCUUGUUUGUGUGUGACGCCACCGCCGAGAUGUGAGCCAGCCUGGUGUGCGUGUAGCGCGGGGGGUGCGACCGCGUACUGUGCUUUCCCUGGACCUACUUGCUCUACUCGACUGCCCAAAUCCCUCUCAUAUGCCGCCCCGCUCAACCGUACUUGCUGUACACCACACUACCCUGAAUGCUGUCGACGAGCUGCGAUACUACGACCUUCGCGUAGUGUACCUGAAGGUCUCGCUCAACGCAGCAAUACAUUUAGUCGUUCUGGGUCUUGUAGAGCACCGUGCCACCGCCGGGAACAUCAUUUAAUAGAGCAAAUUACCACAUCUGUA